AUGGCGGGAAGACAGUCGAACCAACUGCGGUCAAAAGAGCAGCUCCGCCGUCCAAAACGCAAAGGAAAGAAGAAGAAAUCUACAAGGGGAGGUCUGGAUGCUUUGACUAUUGCGGGACAGCAGUAUCCCUCGAAGUCGGGAAUUCGGAAACAACGCCUGGGCGUAGAAGAAGAUGAGGGCUCAAGCCUCAAGAGACGUGGCGGUGCGUCAAGACUUGAUGCGGAAGACGACUCCUCCCGGCACCCUUCGAAGCGACGGAGAACGGGCGAUAAUGAUGACGACAGCCAAGAUGCAGACUCAAGCGACAAUUAUGGGAGUGAUAGUGAGGGCAAUGAGUGGCAGAUUGGUCGAGUCGAUGAGGACGAUGAUAGUGACAUCGAUAGUGACGAAGCGAUGGGUGAGAGUGAUGAGGAACAUUUUGAUGGGUUUAGAUUUGGUGGGAGUUCCAAACCCAAGCCUAAGUCCAAACCGAUACCGAGGAAACGAGGUGGGGAAGAUUUUGAUUUAUCUGAAGGUGAUGGGGAAUUGGAGGAUGAUGACGAUCUUGGGGAAGAAGCGGUGGAUCUUGCUACAGCCUGGGAUAUGAAUGCGGAAGAGUCGGAAUUAGACGAUAAGGGCAAAGUAAAGAAACUAAAGAGAGAUUCUCGCUCUGGGACUGCGGAUAAAGGUGAUGGCAUUGAUAUUACUGGCAGUGAGCUUGAAGGGGAAGAAGAUGACGAGGAUGAUGAUGACGAGGACGAGGACGACGAUGACGAUGCGAGCGAUGCCUCUGGACUAUCAAUUUCUGAUGAGGAUGAUAUAAAUGAGCGCGGACUCUCAAAAUUACAAAAGUUCGUCAAGGCUAUGGAGAGAGAACCAACCCUCGACGGCAAAUCGAAAACCAAACAGACUGCUACCACUCAAGGCACCCAACCUACAGAAUUUGGCCUCAUGCCUACACGGAAACUUACAGUUGCAGAUCUAAUACCAACCAUUUCUGACUCCCGUAUGAGAGGGUCGUUAAAACACCUCGAUGCCGCUCCUUCAACUAAAAAGAGCAAAACGGGGAUAAAUGGGAAGCUAGAAGUGCCGCUUGCCAAACGGCAGCAGGAUCGUAUUGACCGUGCUGCCGCUUACGAAAAGAGCAAGGAGACCCUUAAUCGAUGGAUUGAAACCGUCAAGGCUAAUCGAAGAGCUGAUCAUAUUUCUUUCCCGCUACCCGAACCAAACGCCUUACAGAAGUCAACUAUUGUUGACACGAAGCCAAGGACGGACCUUGAGAAUACUAUUCAGAAUAUCCUCGUGGAGAGCGGCCUAGCGGACGAGCAAGAUAAAAUGGGAGAAACUCGCAUUCAGGAAUUUGAAGAAUUACAGGCGAAGAAGCUUCCUCUGGAGGAAAUACAGGCCCGUCGGGCUGAGCUACGAAAAGCCAGAGAAUUGCUUUUCCGUGAGGAGGUUCGAGCUAAGCGGAUUAAGAAAAUUAAGAGCAAGUCGUACCGUCGUGUUCAUCGAAAGGAACGGGAAAAGAUGGAACUUCGAGAAAGAGAAGCUCUUCUUGCUGCUGGGGUUGAUGUUGACGAGGAGGACCGUGAAAAACUUGACCGACGCAGAGCGGAAGCUCGAAUGGGAGCGAAGCACAGGGAAAGCAAAUGGGCUAAAAGCCUCAAGCAAACUGGAAGGACGGCCUGGGAUGAUGAAGCACGGCUCGAAAUGGCAGAUUUGGCGCGGAGAGAGGAGGAGCUACAGAGCAGAAUCCUGGGAAAACGGGUCACUACUGGACAGGAGGAGUAUCUACGGUCCUCAAGUGAGGAAUCAGAAAGUGAAAGCGACGCGGGCGAGGAUGGGUUUGGUUCGGAUGCUGAGACGCAACGACUGAAGAAGAAACUCAGUGAGUUGGGUCAAAACAGGAACGACAAGGAAGAAAUCACCGGACCACAUGCAAGGUUGCUUUCGAUUAAAUUCAUGCGCAAUGCGGAAGCUGCAAGGAAGGCUCAGAAUGACGCUGAAGUUAAAAAGCUCCGUCGUGAGCUGGAUGGCGAGUAUUCACAAUCUGACACCGAGAUGGCUGAAGUGGGCCAUCAAAGGUUUGGUCAACAGGCUGCCACCGACAGGUCUGCCGUUACGGCUACCAAAAGGCAAGAUUUCGAGGAACCGGAUUCCGAUACCAACGGCAAGGUUCACGUCGAGGAAUCGGAUGAAGAUGUCGAUAUCAAGGUUGACAGAAAGCCCGCUCACAAAUCUACGGCACGCAACUAUCGUUCUUUCGAGACACACUCCGACAAAGCCAACGUGAACACAACAAAAGAUGACUUCGAGUCCAACCCGUGGCUCUCACAGCCAAAAAGGAACUCCAGGAAGCAAACCAACUCAUUGGACGCUGCAGGUGACAUUACGCUGAUCACCAACGGCACUGUUGAGAGUGUCACCUCUCCGCUUCCCUCGUCAGAACAAUCAAUGCGCAUCACCGCCUCCAAAAAGAAAACCGCAAACAACUCGCACGGCAAUAAAGCUGCUACCACCACCACAACUGCCAACGGCGACAACGAUGACGAAAGCGGCGACGACUCUGACGAGGCACGUGUACCCGUACUCCUCAAGAACGCAGAUCUUGUCAAGAAGGCAUUCGCAGGCGACGAGGUGCUGGCUGAUUUCUCCAAGGAGAAACUCGAGACUGUUGAGGAGGAGGGUGACAAGGUCAUCGACACUACGCUGCCGGGGUGGGGAUCUUGGGCUGGCGCGGGCUUGACGAAACGGGAGAAGAAAGAGGCGAAGGCGAAGCGGUCAUUCGUUACGGAGGAGGGCGUUAAGGCCGAGAAGAGGAAGGAUGCGAAGUUGGAUAGGGUUAUUAUUAACGAGAAGAGGGUUCGGAAGAAUACCAAAUACCUCGCGUCCCAGCUUCCACAUCCCUUUGAGUCUAGACAGCAAUAUGAACGCUCUCUCCGACUGCCUAUCGGUCCGGAAUGGACGACCAAAGAGACAUUCCAGAACGCCACGAAGCCCCGCAUCAUGCUCAAACAGGGGGUUAUCAAGCCACUACAGAAACCUAUAUAG